GCUAGUUCAGACAUGGCGGAUUCCGCGCGGAUGCAAAUCGCGCGGUUCUAAACGCAAGUGUUCAGACAGGCGCGGAUGUACAUGCGGAGUGCCGUUAUUCGCAUAGGGUGACAGUCCAAUCAUGGAAGUCGAAGAAGCAAUAUGUGUGUACUUGUUGCUCCGUAAAAAAGAAAGAAAGAAGAAACGGCAGUAUUGGGUGCAUCCAAUAUUACGCGAUCGAUUUACUCAUGGUCAGUUUCAGACUUUAUAUCCAAAAUUAAGAAGUUUUGAACCAAAAUUCUUCAAUUAUUUGAGAAUGUCGAUAAAUUCAUUUGAUGAAUUAUUAGAAAUGAUGAGUAAACAAAUUGAAUCUAAUGAUACCCAUAUGAGGUCAAGCGUGUCCCCAGAAGAAAAACUCGUGAUCACAUUAAGAUAUCUGGGUACUGGUUGUUCCUUUGGAGAACUACAUUACAACUUUCGUCUUGGCAAAUCUACAAUCACAGGAAUUGUCCGUGAAGUAUGUGAAACUCUGUGGGAAAAAGUCACAAAAAACGUCAUGCCUGAACCCAGCGAAGAUAUAUGGAAGAAAAUAGCUAAAGAUUUUGAAAAAUAUGCAAAUUUUCCCAAUUGCAUAGGCGCCAUAGAUGGCAAGCAUAUAAGGAUUACAAAACCCAAAGAUUCGGGUUCUUUGUAUUAUAAUUACAAAACUUUUUUUUCCAUAGUACUGUUGGCACUUUGUGAUAGUAACUAUUGUUUUACUUUCAUAGAUAUCGGAUCUUACGGAAAAAGUAGUGAUUCUGCAAUUUUUAAAAAUUCAGCAUUUUAUAAAAGGUUAAUAGAAAAGUCAUUACACAUACCAAAACCUAAACCAAUAUCUGAAACAGAUCCUAAACCAUUGCCAUACGUCAUAGUUGGCGAUGAAGCGUUUGGUUUAUCCGAAAAUGUAAUGCGACCCUAUGCAGGUAAAGGGCUAUCAUAUGAAAAAAAAAUAUUUAAUUACAGGUUAUCAAGAGCUCGACGUUUUAUUGAAUGCACUUUCGGAAUUCUGGCAAACAAGUGGCGCAUUUUUCAUAGGCCUAUAAACGUGAAUAUAGACUUUGCCGAAGACAUAAUAAAGGCCUGUUGCGUGCUACACAAUUUUGUUAGAACUAGAGAUGGUAUACAGUAUGAAGAUACUUUACAUACUGCGCCAAUGAGUAAUCUUAUUACAUUACAUGCAGGAAGGGGUACACCAUCAUCAUUAAACAUUAGAGACAAAUAUGCUAAUUACUUUGUGAAUGAGGGUCGUGUAGAAUGGCAAGACACGAAAAUAUGAAAUUAAAAUUGUUACAGUUCGCGCCAAAUAACUAAACUCAAGAUGGCGCGUCGCGUUGGUGGGUUGUACAUAUUACAGUUAAUAGCUAUACGUUACUGUGGUAACGUGAUAGUUUUCCCGCGCUCGUUACGUACCGCCAAACAACGUUAUACACAUUUCAGUUAUUUGGGGUGGACUGUCUAUUACAAAACAUGUAAACUACCCUGGUAAAAUGUAUAAUUAAAUGUCU